AUGAGGAGGGGGAACCAGAGCAGUGUGUCUGAGUUCAUCCUCCUGGGGCUCCCCAUCCAGCCAGAGCAGCAGGGCAUCUUCUUCACCCUGUUCCUGGCCGUGUACCUGACCACGGUGCUGGGGAACCUGCUCAUCAUCCUGCUCAUCAUGCUGGACUCUCGCCUCCACACCCCCAUGUACUUCUUCCUGUGCCACCUGGCCUUCUCUGACAUCUCCUUAUCAUCUGUCACCAUCCCAAAGAUGCUCAACAACAUGCAGACUCAGCACUUGUCCAUCCCUUAUGAGGGGUGCAUCUCUCAAAUGUACUUUUUCUUGCUUUUUGUAGCUGUUGACAACUUCCUUUUUGGAGUGAUGGCAUAUGACAGGUAUGUGGCCAUUUGCCACCCACUGCACUACAUGGUUAUCAUGAGAAAGGAGCUGUGUGACUUAUUGGUGGCUGGAUCUUGGUUCCUCUCUUGUAUGAGUGGCCUGUUGCAUACCCUGCUCCUGAAGAGGACCAUGAGGAGGGGGAACCAGAGCAGUGUGUCUGAGUUCAUCCUCCUGGGGCUCCCCAUCCAGCCAGAGCAGCAGGGCAUCUUCUUCACCCUGUUCCUGGUCAUGUACCUGACCACAGUGCUGGGGAACCUGCUCAUCAUCCUGCUCAUCAGGCUGGACUCUCGCCUCCACACCCCCAUGUACUUCUUCCUGUGCCACCUGGCCUUCUCUGACAUCUCCUUAUCAUCUGUCACCAUCCCAAAGAUGCUCAGCAACAUGCAGACUCAGCACCUGGCCAUCCCUUAUGAGGGAUGCAUCUCUCAAAUGUAUUUUUUCUUGCUUUUUGUAGCUGUUGACAAUUUCCUUCUUGCAGUGAUGGCAUAUGACAGGUAUGUGGCCAUCUGCCAUCCACUGCACUACAUGGUUAUCAUGAGAAAGGAGCUGUGUGACUUACUGGUGGCUGGAUCUUGGUUCCUCUCUUGUAUGGCUGCCCUGCUGCAUACCCUGCUCCUGUCCCGCCUGUCCUUCUGUCUUGACAACACUAUCCCCCACUUUUUCUGUGAUCUCAAUGAACUUCUGAAGUUGUCCUCAUCAGAUACCUCCCUCAAUGAGCUAGUCAUCUUCACUGAGGGUGGAGUGCUGACUCUUCUUCCAUUGGGUACUAUUUUGGGCUCUUAUAUAUGUAUUAGUUUUACUGUCCUGAAGGUCCCCUCCAUGAAGAAGUUCUGCAAAGUUAUGUCCACCUGUGGCUCACACCUCUUCUUGGUGUUUUUGUACUAUGGGACUCCUCCAAUUAUUUAUUUCUUUCCUUCCUCAAAUAAUUCCCAUGUUAAGGAUGUAAUUGCUUCAGUAAUAUUUACAGAGGUUACACCCAUGUUAAACCCCUUCAUUUAUAGCCUGAGAAACAAGGACAUGAAAUUGGCUCUGGGAAUACUUUACAGAAGAUCUACUAUCAUAUCCAGAACCUUAGAUGGUUAUUUUUUAAUGAAUAUUUUUAUAUCAGAAUUCUUUUGCAUCUACAGAAAAGUUACAAAAUAUUACAACAUUUCCCAUAAACCACCAUCAUGUUUUCCCUUCUGUUAA